AUAGCAGUCAGUACGCGGAGUUUCAGCAAAUUACAACAAGUUGUGUUACAGCACUGGGCUUAUUGUCCCUUACUAAAGAUGGCGACAUCCGUACUGUUGCAACUUUUAUUUUAACACCGAUGCCGGUGAUGCUUUUCAUCCGCCAUUAACCUACUUAGAUAUCUCCAUACAUGCACAAUAAUAGUGUACAAGCACUAAUUUACACAUUUAACGCUCGCACGUAUUAAAGUUGCCACGCCCACACCCACCAUCAGUGCGCCCUCCACUGAUACAACUACUGCAUUACUGAAACACCAUCAACAUCAAUAAAGCCCAGUGCAGUGUUCCUCUGUCUCAAAACAGUGUGUGUCCAGCCGCAUGCCUCGGUUAGUCUCAAACCAAAAAGAAAUCUGGAAGAUUAUAAAACCUCUCUAGCUAUUUUGGUUUGAAGAAAUAGAUCCAUAUGUGGUCCAAGGUCUGGCUGUGUAAAAGUGUAAGUUAAACUGGGUUCAUGACAAUCCCCAUUCAUUUUAAAGCUGACCUCUUUGACACAGAAAGGAUUAGAAAAUGCAGAAUGUAAAUUAGGAAUAUUAUAGUACAAGGAUGUGUUUUUAGUACUGACACAUCAUUAGAAGGAUCUGCGUCCUGCCUUCAUGUCACUGAAGGCAAAAUGAAGCACGGCCGAGUUACGGAGCUCCCGGAGGAUUUCUAUAUCCCCAUUCCUCUGGAUACGGACAACAUCACGUCUCUCAGCCCCUUCCUGGUCCCCCAGGACCAUCUAGCAAGCGCAGGCACCUACUACUCAAUGGCAGCGUUCACAUUUUUUGUUUUUGUUUCGGGCACUGCCAUCAAUCUGCUUACAAUCGCAUGCACCAUCCAGUACAAGAAGCUGCGGUCCCACCUCAACUACAUCCUGGUGAACUUGGCUGCGGCGAACCUUCUUGUGUCCUGUGUGGGCUCCUUCACUGCCUGCUGCUCCUUCGCAAACAGAUACUUCAUCUUUGGACCCCAUAUGUGCAAGAUUGAGGGUUUCAUGGCAACACUUGGUGGUAUGGUCAGUCUGUGGUCUCUAGCUGUGGUAGCUUUUGAAAGAUGGUUGGUCAUCUGCAAGCCACUCGGUAACUUUGUGUUCAAGCCCGACCACGCUAUAGCUUGCUGUGUGUUCACCUGGGUUUUUGGACUGAUUGCAUCAGCCCCUCCACUGUUCGGAUGGAGCAGGUACAUCCCUGAAGGCCUGCAGUGCUCCUGUGGUCCUGACUGGUACACCACAAACAACAAAUACAACAAUGAAUCCUAUGUGAUGUUCCUGUUCGGCUUCUGCUUCACUGUUCCUUUAGCCACAAUCGUGUUCUGCUACGCUCAGCUGCUCAUCACACUGAAAAUGGCAGCAAAGGCCCAAGCUGAGUCUGCCUCCACCCAGAAGGCAGAGCGGGAGGUGACCAGGAUGGUGGUCGUCAUGGUGCUGGGCUUCCUGGUGUGCUGGACACCUUACACCGUUUUUUCUCUGUGGGUCGUGAAUAACCGCGGACAGACUUUCGACCUGAGAUUUGCAUCAAUACCAGCCAUCUUUUCCAAGUCCUCUGCAGUCUACAACCCAAUUAUCUACGUUCUCCUCAAUAAACAGUUCCGCUCAUGCAUGAUGAAGAUGCUGGGGAUGGGUUCAGGUGAUGAUGAAGAGUCAUCAACAUCGCAGUCAGUGACCGAAGUCUCCAAAGUUGGACCUGCUUAGACUGAAAACUGAGACUGUUGACUUGUCUGCCGCUUAUGAUUGUGAAUUGUAAAUAAGAAUAAAUGCACGUGUGUUUUGUCAUUUGAAAUGAUACACGGAAAGGAUAACAACAUUAUACAUAAUCUGCAAAGUGAAAAAUAAAAAAAAAUGUACAAACGUG